AUGGCGAAUGUUCUGCUGCAGUUGGUCUGGGGGGUGCGAUAUGAGCAGCAGGGCUUUGAAAGCUCAGCCGGACCUGCUCCAAUGGCUCCGUACUGGGCCUCUCCUGCAGCAGGGAGCGGGGCCAUGGUGCAGGCCUCCACGGCUGGGCCUCCCUUCAGCCCUCCACUGCUCUGGGACCUGGAACAGGAAAGGAACCCCAGCAAGAAGGUGAGGGUUGCAGGAUGUUUUGUUUUUGAAAUCCCCAGACAGCAGUUUUGCCUUCUUACCGCUGUCCCAAUAGCCUUGGGCAUUCUAGCUGACAGCUUGUCACACAGGUUUCUCUGUUUAAAAACUUCUAGGGUAUUGUCGGAAUUCAGCAAAGCCCAGGUAAACUCUGUGCCAACCAACGGACUGAGCGGACUGAGUGGAGAAAUGGAGAUUCCCACGGGGCGGGCCUCACUCCCCCUCCCCGGCCUGGAGGCCAGCGUCCCUUUUGAUGUGCCCGCAGAGCCCCUCCCGCCCCAAGCAUCCUCUGGGACUCAAGAUGGGGACCGCAAGCAGGAGCCGCCUCCCCAGGCACCUGGCACCCUGGGCUUGCUGCAGUUGGGCACUGCCAAAGCUGUCCCCUCGGUGAGCAUUUUAGACCAGAGGCCUUCCAGUCCCGUGAGAGAGGCGGCGGCCAGAGCAGUCAGCCCGGGGAGUGGCCAGGAGAAGUCUCUGGAGGAUGACGGAGCUGCACGGAGCCUUGGGGUGUCCUCACCCACCAGCCCGAAGAGCAGGAGCUGGAUUUCAGAGGAUGACUUCUACCGGCCUCCCCAGGAGCCGCCCGCAGAGAGCCCUUCAGAACCCUCCGUGGCUUCUUCCGGAGGGACUCCGGAGUCCCGGCCUGGGGUCCUCCGGCAUUUUUCUCAGGGGCCAAGGAAAAGCCACUCCACGGGGGCCUUAGACCAAGCCUGCGUGCCUUCCCCAGGAGGCCGGCCAAGCAGGGCAGCGGCGGCCCAGGAGCACCAGAACUUCAGGGUGGUGCACCGCAGGCAGAUGGGGCUGUCCAACCCAUUCCGGGGUCUCAUGAAGCUGGGCACCGUGGAGCGGCGGGGGGCGAUGGGCAUCUGGAAGGAACUCUUCUGCGAGCUCUCCCCUCUGGAGUUCCGCCUCUACCUGAACACCGAGGAACGCACCUGCGUGGAGAACUGCUCCCUGCUGCGCUGCGAGGCCGUGGGGCCAGCCCACGGCGACGGCCGCUUCGAGCUGGUCUUCUCUGGCAGGAAGCUGGCCCUGCGGGCCUCCUCCCAGGACGAAGCCGAGGACUGGCUGGACCGGGUGCGGGAGGCCCUACAGAAGUGCCGGCCCCAGCAGGAGGAUGAGUGGGUGACCAUCCAGUACCCGGAGCAGCCCGAGGACCCCCCAGACGCCCCCCAGGGUGGCCUCCCCUCCCACCCGGACCCACCCACUGAGCCCGAGACUCUCCAGGGCACGCAGUUCUGUUGGUCCUCUGCCCAAGUUCCCGAGCCAGACGCUAUUAAAGAAUCCCUUCUGUACCUGUACACGGACAGGACCUGGAUGCCCUAUAUUUUUUCCCUAUCCUUGGAGUCUCUGAAAUGCUUCCGAGUGAGAAACAACGAGAAAAUGUUAAGUGACAGCCACGGAGUUGAGACCAUCCGAGAUAUCCUGCCAGACACGAGCCUCGGGGGCCCAUCCUUCUUCAAAAUCAUCACGGCCAAGGCCGUCCUGAAGCUGCAGGCCGGGAAUGCUGAGGAGGCCGCCCUGUGGAGGGAUCUGGUACGCAAGGUCCUGGCGUCCUACUUGGAGACGGCCGAGGAGGCGGUGACACUGGGCGGGAGUCUGGACGAAAACUGUCAGGAGGUGCUGAAGUUCGCCACGCGGGAGAACGGCUUCCUGCUGCGGUACCUCGUGGCCAUCCCCACGGAGAAAGGCCUUGACUCCCAGGGCUGCUUCUGUGCAGGCUGCUCCCGGCAGAUUGGCUUCUCGUUUGUACGACCCAAGCUUUGUGCCUUCUCUGGCCUCUAUUACUGCGACAUCUGCCACCAAGACGAUGCCUCGGUGAUUCCGGCCAGGAUCAUCCACAACUGGGACCUCACCAAGCGCCCGAUCUGCCGGCAGGCUCUGAAGUUCCUGACACAGAUCCGGGCCCAGCCCCUCAUCAACCUGCAGCUGGUGAAUGCGUCGCUGUACGAGCAUGUUGAGCAGAUGCGCCUCGUCCGGAGGAGACGGGAGCAGCUGAAACUUCUGGGGGAUUACCUGGGCCUGUGCCGAAGUGGGGCCCUGAAGGAGCUGAGCAAGAGGCUCAGCCACAGGAAUUACCUCUUGGAGUCUCCCCACAAGUACAGUGUCGCUGACCUCCAGCAGAUCGCGGACGGGGCGUACGAAGGGUUCCUCGAUGCCCUGAUCGGAUUCGCCUCCCAGCACGUCUACCACUGCGACCUGUGCACCCAGCGUGGCUUCAUCUGCCAGAUCUGCCACCACCACGACAUCAUCUUCCCCUUCGAGUUUGACACCACCGUCAGGUGCGGCGAGUGCAAGACCGUCUUCCACCAGAGCUGCCAGGCCGUGGUGAAGGGGGGCUGUCCCCGCUGUGCCCGCCGGCGCAAGUACCAAGAACGGAGUGCUCUCCUCUAA